AUGAUCAUCGCGUUGAUGCCACUGACCUACGCAGCCUUCUCGCAGACGCUGGCAACCGCAGGGCUCAUGGCUGCAGCGCUGUCGGUCUACGCCUACGUCCGGCCCUACGAUGACCCUUUGCUGAACUUGCUCGAGUUCGUGAGCUUCUUUAGCAACACGAUCUCGGUCAUCCUGACGGUGUACGUGUCUGGCCACAGCUGGAGCCAGACAGCCAGUCUCAAUAACGCCGCCUUCGCCGCCGCUGUCGUGCUGCUCGUCGGCACUGGUUUCACCCUGGUGCUGUCCCUGCUGGCGAGCCUGUUCCGCCGGCAGCGUUAG